AAUUGGCUGUCCAUACAUCUACACCUCACACGAGUCCCACCCAACGCCACUCUACCACGAAUAGGUAAAAGAAUUCACCGCGCCACCUCCUCUCCCCGGAUUCCACUUCCACCGCGGCCACCAAUAAAAGAAAAAAAAAAACUCCAAAGUUUUCCGGCCGAAACCUAAAAUACCAAGAAAAAACAUCAUGACAGAGGAGACUAGCACUAGGGUUUCCUCGGAAGAGUCCACUGCGAACACCGAUGCUUCACAAUCGAGGCAAAGGAAAAAGAGAAAGUGGGAUCAGCCUGCUGAGCCAUUACUUUCAGCUGGAGUUGCAGGGAUGUCUGGUGUUCUCCCAUUAGGCAACAUUUGUGAUACUCAGAAAAAGAGAAAGUGGGAUCAGCCUGCUGAGCCAUUAGUUUCAGCUGGAGUUGCAGGGGUGUCUGGUGUUCUCCCAUUAGGCAACAUUGGAUCUCUUGCUGGAAUCUCUCUUCCUGGGAUUGCUUCAGUCUCUGGUACUUUUUUAACUAAUCAACUUGUGGCUAAUUGUGCAACCAGUCCACCAGCGUAUCAGGUGCCUUCUAUACCACAAAACAAUGCUAUGGCAGUCCCAAAAUCAAAUCAACCUAAGAUCCAGGAUGAGUUAAUAAUUGCACGAGAAAUUGUAAUAAAUGAUGCAGAGUCUUCUGUUCGUUACAAGCUUACAAAGCGCCAGACACAGGAAGAGAUUCAGAAGUGCACUGGCGCUGUGGUUAUAACUAGGGGCAAGUAUCGUCCACCAAACGCAGCACCUGAUGGUGAAAAGCCAUUGUAUCUUCACAUAUCUGCUGGGGCUCAUUUAAAAGACACUGCAGAAAGGAUUUUAGCAGUUGAUCGUGCAGCUGCCAUGGUUGAAGAAAUGCUGAAACUGGGUCCGAACAUACAAAAUUCUUUAGCCACUUUUCCAUCAGCUGCAGGCAGUGGAGUGAAGGCACUGAGCACGUGUGUGUUUUUGGGCUUUGACGCAGACUCAUCACUGAACAUUGCUGAUCGAAUACGUGGACCAAAUGACCAGUAUAUAAAUCACAUUAUGAAUGAAACAGGAGCAACUGUUGUACUAAAAGGGCGUGGCUCUGGAAAUUUUGAAAGCCCAAGUGGUGGAGAAAGGCAGCAACCAAUUCAUCUAUUCCUGUCCGCCAAUAAUUCAAAAAGUCUUGAAGAUGCAAAACGUUUGGCUGAAAACCUUCUGGAUACUAUUAGUUUAGAAUGUGGUGCCUCCAGGGUUUCAUCAUACAAUGUUUAUGGUGCUGUUCCACCACCUCAGCAGAUAUUGGUGGGGGUUCAGAGUUCUGGAAAUGAGCAUAAAGUAAAUACAAGCCCAACUGCUGGUUUGACAUCGUCAGCAAUGAGCUCCCCACCACGUAUUCUAGCUUCUUCAGUUGCAAUCCAUGGGACAACUUCUGCCUUUUCCCAUGGGACUGUAUAUCAAUCUGGGGCAAUGGUCAGCCCUGGGCAGCCUCAACUGAACUUGGUUGGGCAUCACCAGCCACUAGUGAAUGGAGGAACAAGCUAUAGUGGAUAUGGCGGGAUAUAUCCUCAGGCCACACCUCUGCAACAAGUUGCUCUAGCCCUUAGACGGUCAACAUCUCCAACAACUUCUACAGUUGGACCUACAACGUCAAUUGCAAGCAAUUUGCCAGCUCCUAGUACAAGCUCCAUUCCUGAAAAGGAGAAACGUCCUACACAGAAGCGAAAGUUUCAGGAGCUACCAAUAGGUUCAAAGGCCUCCGCAAUAUCUCAUCAGGUAUUUUCUCUGACCUUCUAAGAAGCUAACAGGCUGAUGCUGGACCUCUCUAUUAGGGCCAUUGGUUUGUAUGUUUCACAGGGUUCAGUUUUGAAGGCACUCUGCAAUGAACUUUUGCUGCUAAAGAGCUGUGAUCAAGGAUCUAUAAGACCUAUAAUAUUCCUUUAGACAUAUUAUGCCUGAUUGGUAUCGUCAUAAGAUGCACCAACUGAGUUCCUCUCAGCACAGUUGUUGCAGCCAGAUUUUGAUACCAAUAUCACUAUAUGAUCAUGUGGGGGUGGAAUACCUUUUUAUUCAAGAAUGUCUAUAAACUCUACUAUCAAGCAGAAAUUGCAUCAAAUAAAUAAAUAAAUAAAUAUGGGAAAAUAGAGGAAAAUGUGGCUCUGUGCAAGAGCUGACACUACUGGUAAUGGUUAAAUCUCUUCACUAGCAAGAACAUUGCCUUGGCUUCUUGAUUGGAACUACCAAUCGAGCAAACUUUAUUAACUUGCUAAAUCCUCAAUAUUUGUGUUCAUUGCACAAGUAAUCACAAAUACAAUGUUUAUAAUGCCAUGAUAAGGACCACUCCACCAAUUCUCUCUUUUAUUUUAUGAUGUUCUUGUUCAUCUGUUUGUUUGAAUAACAUACAUCAGAAUGAUUUACUCCAUAACCUUCUAGUUUGUCUGAUAUGAAAUUUAAAGAUAUUUGUACCUUUUCACCACAUUGAGUUAGACAUAUCAACUGGAACUUUGAUGAGCACAUUUUUUUUUAUUUCAUUUGUUAGUGAAAAUUUAAGGCUUGUGUUUCUAUGUAGAUGCUCUUAAAAGACGCUGCUAAUACUUGUUCAAGGGUGUUGUGUUUGGCAUGCAAAGAUGCUGAAUAAUUUGUGUAUCUCAAUUAAACUGUUUGCUAUUUGCAGCCAUCUCUUCUUCUACUGUGUUGGUUUUAAAGGAAUAAUGGCGUUUAUGUCGUGUUGAAUUUGAUUUGAGAUUAUUACUUUUUUCUUUCCAUCCAAUAUCUAACUGAUAUUGAAAAUCUAGGCUUGCACUUUUCCCCUAACUCGUUGCAGGGUUCAAAGUUGUUAAAGCCUGGUGAGCAAGCACUGGCAGAUGGUGUGAGAAAUACAUCAACCA